AUGUCAUUAGUUGGGCAAUAUAGCGAUAGUGAUAGUGAUAGCGAAGAAGAUAAAGUUGAUAUUAAAACCAGUGAUUCAAAGCAGGGCGAAGAUAAUGAUAUAGAGGAUAAUAAAAUACCAAUUUCAAAAGUUAAUGAAAAGCCUUAUGGAUUAAUUAUUACAGAAGAAACCACUAAAAUAAUAAACAAGGAUACAGAGGAAUUUAAUUUAGAAAACGAUGACCAAGACAGAGAGAACGAAGAUAGCCCUCCGAGAAAAGAAAUAGAUGGUGAUGAAAUUAUAUAUCAAGUUGCAGACAGUGAAAAUGAUAGGUUAAAUCAAUGCCAUACCAUUCUUCACACCAAAUUAGAAAAUAGAGAUAUAGAUAUACCAAAAGAAAUGCACGAGCCCAAAACACCAGUUUUAAAAUCACCAGCAUACGUUUCAACUCCACCUCAUUCAAAGGAUCCAAAUUUUAAAAACUUAUACCCACAUAAUAUAACAUCACCAAUAACAGAGGAUAUCCAAGAUGAAGAGGAGAAGGAGGAACCAAAUGAUUAUAUAUCAUUUUUACCACCACCAGUAAAUGGUAGAGCAGAUCCAAUAUUGGAGGAUAAGAUUAUAAAAUAUCACAAAAUGAGAGAAGAUGGCAUAAGUAUUAAUCAAUCGCUAAGAGAAUCACAAUCAUUUAGAAAUCCUUCAAUUUUAGAAAAGUUAAUUGCAUUUUGUGAAAUCAGUGAAAUGGGCUCAAAUUAUAAAUUAUCAGAAUAUGAUCCAAAUGGUUUUAAACCAGAUGAAUUUUAUGAAGUUUUAAAUGAAAAUCAAAGAAAAAUGGACGACAAAAGAGAAUAUGAAAGACUAAAUAGAACAAAAAUUGAUUUUGUUUCAAGUACAAAUGAACUAUCUACUCAAGAAAAAGAUCAAGAAAAAGAUAAACAACCACAAAAACCAAAGAAAAAAUUUAAUAAAUGGGAAAAGGAAAAGCAUAAACAAAAACAACAGCAAUUACAGCAACAACAACAAAAAGCCAAAGCAACUGUUAUCUCUGCCGCUCCUUCAAUAAUGGAAAACCCAGGCACUCAAUCCACAACAACCACAUCAACAACAAAAAGCGAAUCCCUAUUAAAAAGAUUUAAAACGAGUGGAUUUUAA